AGCGUGCGGAUCGGAAGAUACAAACAAACCUCGUCGUCCGCCGAUCCGAUCAACUCCCCAGGGCAAGGGGCCGGUUUGCCUUGCCAUGGCGCCGGACAGGCUGAGCAAGUUGCCGGACUGCCUGCUCCAGGGCAUCCUCUCCUCCCUGGGAGCCAGGCAGGUCUUGCAGACGACGGCUCUGUCGCGGCGGUGGCGCCACGUCUGGCGUGGUGCUCUGUGCCUGUCCCUCGACAUCGACCAGCGGGAGUUCGAAGCAGCGUCGACCGACCACGACGGCAGGAGCAGCAGAUCGGUGGAGCUCGAGGAGUGGGCAAGGUUCGACGACUUCGCGGACAGCCUCCUCCUGCUGGAGUUGGACCGCCGCGACGGCGGCGACGGCCUGCCCCUGGACCUGGACUCGCUCCGCCUGCACGUCGUCGACCAUCUGCAGGCCAGCCGCAGGAGGCUGCCGCUCCACAUCAAGUGGCUGGAGUGGGUUCACGGCUGCCUCGACCGCUACCGUCCCGCCGCGCUCGAGAUCCAGAGCAGUUACGACAUAACCGUCGACCUGCGUCUCAUGGGCUUCCGCUCCGAUCUAAGCCGCCUCAAGACGGCGCGCCUCACCGGGAUCCUACACAGCGGCGGCCUCGGCGACUCCGUGUGCCCUCAGCUGGAGCACGUCGAGUUCACCAGCUGCGCCAUUGGUUUUGGGGAGGUGGUGACCAGUCCCACGCUGAAGAAGCUGGUCAUGGACCGUUGCUGGAGGAGAGGGGAUAUGAAGCAACGUGCUCCCCCGCUCGUCGACGCUCCUGCCCUUACUUCUCUACGUCUGGUCCUCGAGUUCCAGGGCAUAUGGGUGUUCCGGACGCCGUCGCUCGUCGAGGCAUCGGUCCGUUCCACGAGACGGUGGGUCGGCAGGGCCGACGAAUACCAGCUUCUCUGCAAUCUCUAUAACGUGACAAGAUUAGAGCUCUCCGGCUUCCUGGCGCUAGAGAAGAUUAGGAUGAAGCGAGGACAUCAAGAUUUGCCAAAAUUUCAUAACCUGACUACAUUGCUCUUGGACGAGUGCGACUUGACCGGUGAAGUAUACAACAUGCUAGAGUUGUUUCUGAACAAUGCUCCCAACCUCGAGAAACUUACUCUGCAGAAUUGCAAGCUUCCGCAAGAUUGGACCGAGUCGAAGAAGAUGUGUCUGAACCUCAAGUUUAGGGAGAUCAACUGUCACAAGGAGGGCGAUCUUCAACAGGUGGAUCAUUGAGCUUUUGCUGGGAUUGAAGAACGUCCAGAAGACCGGCAUUUGCUAAGCAACAAUGAAGGGACGUGGGCGUUGAUCAAAUAAAUGUUCUAUUUAAUUCAAACACAAGCAUGCUUGUAUUCAAAUAGGUUACAGGAAACCAAGAAAAACUCCUGCAGAUAACAUUGCUAUCAUCUGCUUUCUCUCUGCCCCGAGGAUUUGUAAGAGCAUGACUAUGACUAAUAAUACUCAAAAUGAUAUUUGCGAUGUCAUCUAAAGACAUCA